GUCCAGUGUCCACCCACUGCAGCUGCUCCCCCAACCCCACGGGCUCCCUCCGAUAAACCCUAGCUUCUUCCUCCUCGGGCCGGACCCGCCGACCCGCUGGCCGCCAGGUUGAUUAGCUGCAGUUUCGCAGAGGCACCAUGCCUGCUGGUGACAACCCACACUCAAUUUCGGAGAAAAAGGCAGCAUUGAGGGAGUCACCUAAGCAGUCCAAGAAUGCUGCUGUUAAUCACCAAGCCAGAGCUCCUCCUUUUCCUAAAGACAAAGCUGCUGAGACCGUUGGCAUCAAGAGGCCACAACCUAAUGGCCCCUUGAGCCCAGCCAAUCAUUAUGCACCAGGAAACCCAGGGGCAAAUGGUCAUCUUGUAUAUGUGCGCAGGAAGGUUGAAACCGACCAAAGCAAAGGGGGCGCUACUUCUGGAGCAGAAAGCGCUAAUUCUCUGAGCUCGAAGAAACCUGGUAUAUGUGGACCGCAAGAACAAAGUUUGAAGCGUCAGAGCAGUGUGCCUAAUACUCAAUCAGCUCCUGUUUCUGCAUCUCCUGCUGCAUCUGCUUCCAUCCCUGCUUUGCACUCUGCAAGUUUGCCGGCUAACCUUUCUUUUGGGAAGCAAUCUCCAGGAAAGGUUUCCGCUCAGCCUAGUGUUGCUGUGACUGCUAGUCCGCCACAGCGCAAUAUUGUGUCUACUGGAAUGCCUCAGAAUUUCACAGCUGCUAAUACUUCUAGUCUGCCGCAGUGCAAUAUUGUGUCUACUACAAUGCCUCAGAACUUCACAGCUGCUAAUAAUUCUAGUCUGCCGCAGCGAACUGUUCUGUCUACUGCAAUGCCUCAGAACUUUACAGCUGCUAACACUUCUAGUCCGCCUCAGUCCACUAUUGUGUCUAUUGCAAUGCCUCAGAACUUGACAGCUGCUAACACUGCUAGUCCGCCUCAGCGCAAUGUUUUGUCUACUGCAAUGCCUCAAAACUUUACAGCUGCUAACACUGCUAGUCCACCUCAGCGCAAUGCUGUGUCUACUGCAAUGCCUCGGAACUUUACAGCUGCUAAUACUGCUAGUCCAACACACCGCAAUGUUGUGUCUGCCGCAGUGCCUCAGAACUUUACAACUGUUAGUAUGGCACAUUGUAAUGUUGCGGCUACUAGUACAGCGUCUCGUGAUGCUGUACUUACUACUACAACACGUAGUCCGGCCAGUUUGCAAAGAUCAAGCAAUCAAGAUUGGAAAGAGAGGUUUAUCCGGUUGCAGGAAUUCUUGAAAAACAAUGAGCAAUCAGGACAGGAAGAAUAUAUUCGCAUGCUCCACUCUUUGUCAUCUGUUGGCCGGAGCAAGCAUGCAAUUGAGCUGGAGAAACGAGCAGUCAAUCUCUUGAUUGAAGAAGGGAAGGAGCUACAGAAGAUGAAAUCUCUGAAUGUACUUGGCAAGCUUCCACCCGCUGAUCAUCCAUCAGUACCAACACAGCCCACAUUUGCUAUGCGCCUGCCAUUCCAGCCAUUCCCACCCCGCCGUUGAAACGAGCGAAACUAAAUGUCUCUGCAUAAAGUUCCUGACGGGCUUUUGCCAUCUGAAUGCUGCAAUAUGGUUGACAUUCUUCCCUUCUCGAGAAUAAGUUGAUAUGCAUACCUCGGAGGCUUGAUGUAGCUCAACCGACCCACUCCGGGAGUGCAAAGAGCGUGUGAUUGUAGCACACGAGUGCUGUAAAGAAGGGACUAAUCUAAUGUAACUUAUGAACUCCAAAUAGACCUGCUUAGACUGGUAUCCCAGGCCAUUGCCCAGUUACACUGAACAAUGGUGCAUGUGAUUCUCAAACCACCCUAAUCUCUGCCCAGUAUAUUCAACUAGUUGCUUUGCUGCACUGACGUAGUCUGUACCACUAUUAUUUGUGCGUGUGUCUGGUGCAUAUUGUUUAAUUGCACGGUGGCGUCA